AUGUCCAUUACGCAGAUCAAGUUUCACGCCACCGAUCAGAGAGACAAGAUAUAUGGUCUGCUGGGACUGGCAGCCGAAUCUCGAGAUCCACCAGGUCUUCCCGACUCAUUACGUCCUGACUACAGUCUUUCAGUGGCUGAGGUGUACCUCAAGGUUGCCCGAUACGUACUCAACGAAGGCUCCUCAUUAGCACUGCUGACACGAGCCCGGGGAGUAGACGGAAGUCUGACGGGCCAGAAACGACAACACCGGUUAGACCUUCCCACGUGGGCCCCUGACUGGAGUGAUUUUCAAGUUUUCAAUAGGGACAUUAGGACAAGUCUGGCAUGGGUUGAUUAUGCGGACACAUACAAAAAGGCGCAGCUGGGCUUUCCCGAUCAUUACUCCGCGACAACAGGCCUGAGUUUGAAGCUUCAUCCGCCGACGAAUCCUUCAACUCUUAGGGUCAACGGAAUCAGGAUAGACUGCGUUAAGCAAGCAAUGUCUUUCGCCACAGAAAACUUUGGGAAGCAGUUGGACUGGGAGCAUCUCACAUCACAAACAGUGCGACUCCUGAAGUUCUUGAUGUCAACGGGAAUAGCAGACGGCACCCUGGAGUGGGUGAUUCACCUCAUCAAAGUCACAACCGUCGAUCAGCAUCGGCUAGGAGGCAGAGAUUUCAUACAGAGCAUCAAAGAUGGCCUGGCAUUCAUAUAUGAAGUUAUCUCUGAGACUCAGAACGAUCUCAUUGCUGGCGUCAGCAGCCUCAACAAAGACUUUCUGAAUCGUCUGCGUCAGCACUCAAUCGGCGGGAUCCCCAGGGAGUACGCCGCAUUGGCUGUCAACUACUGCUUUGAUCGAUCUUUUCUUGUGACUUCUUCAGGUAGAAUGGCUAUCGGGCCAUCAGAGACUCAAGUCAGAGACACAAUAGCUGUAGUUCCGGGAAGUGGCGUGCCCUAUGUAAUCAGACAGCGCGGGUCGUCAUGGGCUCUCGUGGGUGAAUCAUAUGUCCAAGGACUGAUGAAGGGCGAGGCUAUUGAGAGUCUACGGGACGGAACUGUUCAAGAGGAAAUACUGGGUUUUCAAUAG